AUGUAUAUGAUGGUUGGAGGGGGCCUCUUAAUUGGUGUUGAAACUCUGAAUGAUGCAGCUAAAAAAGUCUAUGGAAGUGGUCUCCUGGAUGUGAGUAAAGAAGUAAUUCAAUCCAUCAAACUAAGUUUCGAUUUCUUGAAGAAUGAGGCAGCCGAGUCUUGCUUCCUGCACUGUUGUCUCUUCCCAGAAGAUUGGGAUAUUCCUAACGAAGAACUGAUGUAUAUGAUGUUUGGAGGGGGCCUCUUAAUUGGUGUUGAAACUCUGAAUGAUGCACAGAGCAGAGUUGAUCUACUGCUUGACCAGCUAAAAGCUCGUGGUUUGCUUCUUCAAGGUUCAUCUGAAGGCUAUGUAAGAAUGCAUGAUGUUGUUAGGGAUGUGGCGGUAUGGAUCAGUCAGAAAGAUCAUGUGUCCUAUGUAAGAGCUGGGCAAAGCUUGGCAGAGUGGCCAAGAACUAUUGAAAGUGAGAUGCAAAAUUACCGAUGGCUUUCGCUGAUGGACAAUAAUAUUGAAGAUCUUCCUCCCGAUCCAAUGGAGUAUCCAAAACUUGAGACAUUGAUCCUGAGUGACAAUGAAGGGUUAUCAAACAUCCCAGAAAUAUUCUUCCAACAUAUGGGAUCUCUGAUGGUUCUUGACUUGAGUUCUAUCGGCAUGAAGUCACUACCAAAAUCAUUCUCUUGUCUCACUAAUCUUAGAGUAUUGAACCUGGGAAAGUGUUAUUCUCUAAAAGAUAUAUCUCACAUUAAUGGGUUGAAGAUGCUCGAAAUACUUAUUCUGGAUGGUGCUCCAGUGUCCAUUGCUCCAGAAGGUCUAGGAUGGGCACAAAAUCUGAGAGUUAUCAAUUUGGGUAUUUCAGUCAGCUUUCCGCCUUUCCUUGAUAAUUAUUUUUCCAAAGAAUUGCCAAAAUUUCGUAGGUUAGAGCGAUUGUUCAUGAACAAGUUUGUUGGUAGCUUUCAAGAGUUGACAAGCUUGAGGCAUCUAACUCACCUGUUCAUCUACCAAGUGGCGGACAUGGAUGAUUCCUCAUCACAUGAACUAGUCUCACCAGGUUCUUGGCCUGAUCGACUUCUAGAAUUCAACAUUUGUUUUCUCCAAAACGAGCCGAGGUAUUAUUGGUCUCUUUCCAACUAUAGAAGAGUUUUGCAACUGAUGGGAACCAAGCCAUUGGCUGGUUGGGCCAAGAGAUUACUUGCAAAAACAAUAAAUUUGGUUUUAGUAGAAUUCCAGGGAACUGAACUGAUUUCCAUCAGCAGCAAUAUCCCAUCGCUCGCGUUCUCAAGUUUGGAGCAUCUUCGAGUUGUCAACUGGCCAAAUUUGACCAACUUGUUGGGCGACGAGUUAUUAUUAUUGCAUGACCAAAUCCCCCUCAACCAACUCAAACAAAUGACAAUAAGCAAUUGUCCCAGGUUGACCAAUUUAACACCAUCAAGACUUUGCCAGCGGAGCAUGCAGAAACUAGAGGAACUAAGCAUUAAGGAUUGCCCUAUCAUGCUGGAACUAUUCCCAUGUGAUCAUAAAGCCCACGGCAUGACCGAAUUGCUACUAAGACUAAAGUCAUUCACAUUACAGGGCCUACAGCGGCUACAAAAUGUAUUACAACCAUUUCAAUGCCUACCAAAGUUGGAGGGCCUGACAAUCCGUGAUUGUGGUAUGAGAUAUGCACUUUCAUUUGAGACGGAGACAGUGGCAAUGGCAGAUCCUUUUCCCACACUGGAGGUUCUUGAUAUCAAAAAUUGCCGAGGGAUGCGUGAGAUGAUCUCUCCUCAUACUUCUUUGCAAGCCCCGUGCUUCUUCCAGGGACUGUUCUCUCUCAAAAUUGGGUCAUGUACAAGACUAACGCAUCUUUUCUCCUACAAGCAAGCAAUAAGCAUGCAACAUUUGAGUAAGCUUCACAUACAAAAUUGUGCUGCAUUGAAGGCUGUAGUGAUUUCCACGGAAAAGAAAGAGGAAGCAUAUUGAUGUUUUAAAAAAACAUCCUAGUUUUAACCAUUUUGAACCCCAUUGAUGAUGGAAAGUCAGAUUUGAUGCAUGGGCUCCAGUGCUAAUUGCUUUCAUUGUUUUCUCGACUGUUCGAAAAGUAAAAGAGAAAACGAGGCAGGCUUUUUGAUAUCUUGAUUGAUGGCUGAAGGCCUCACUUACUGUUAUGAAUGAUAAAAUCAGUGUCUCUUUGAAGGUGCAUGGUUUUGAGUUCUUGACGGUCUCAGUGACCUCUCAAUUUUGAGUUGAUACUUAUGACUAUUCCUUGAUGUCAGCUCCUGCCUCCAAAAGACUAAAGCUGGAUGAGACUUCCACUGUCAUUCGACGUUGCAUCUAGUUCUCAGGGCCCUCUUCAUGUAUCCAGUGCAACCCUGAUGAUGCCCAUGAUGUGUCCACUGGCUAGUCGUCUUCUCAGCUUCCUAUUGCGUCCGCUAGUGUGCCCCUUCCCUUAAGGGAUGUUCUUUCGUCCUGCUGUCCUUGUUGCCUUUCAGUUGUCUUCAUCCUUCCACUUCCUGUAGUUGCUAUUGUGCUUUUGUGCUUCUAUUCUCUUCUGGGUCUAUUGUCCGGUCUUACCACCUUUUGGGUGGUUGUUUUGUGUUUUUCUAGUACCUUUUCA